AAUACAUCAAACCCAAACCCACAACAUAGAUAACUUUUGGUUUCUUCAAUCCCGUGUGCCGUUCAAAAGCAAAUGGCUACAGGAGGACAAGAGACGGGCGAUGAAUGGACUGCACGUCAAACAAACGACAUCACCAUACUCUUAGUGGGACAGACCGGACAUGGCAAAAGCGCCACUGGAAAUAGCAUUUUGGGCAGGCCUGCUUUCGUGUCGAAGUUAUCUCCUGGCUCCGUGACAAGCGCAAUUGAACGAGCGGUUGCUGUACGGAAAGGGCGUCGAAUCGAAAUUGUAGAUAGUCCUGGAUUUGCUGAUACAUUCAAAGGGAAAGAGUUUGUAAGAAAGAGUCUCACACAAGCUGUCUUCCAGACUCUUCCUGGCUUUAACGCAAUUGUUUUCGUCCUGUAUCCAGACAGAUUUACUGAUGAACUGGUCAAAACAGUCAAUCUUUUCUUUGAGUUCUUCGGAAAAGGUGUUGGGAAAUUUGCAUUUAUUUUAUUCACGCACAUUAAAUCGAAAGAGAAAAUGAAUGAAUACAUACAGAAUGCUAUGGAACACCCAUCAGGGAAUGUGCAGGCCCUGUUAGAACUUAUAGAAACGUGUGAAAGCAAGGUUAUGUGCAUCGAUAACGAAAUGGAAAACGAAAAGAUUCAAGUCAUGGUUGAUGAUAUUAUACGUACAAUAGACGCAAACACAGUUCGUCUAGGAAAAAAUUAUUUUACUAACGAAAUGUUUCAGGAGGCCAUGAAAUAUGCAGAUAAGGUGCUUGGAAAUGUUGACAUUAGCAAGAGUGUUGAAAGUUCAAAUACUACGGACGAAACAAAAAUCAUAAAUAAACAUGAGAAGGCGAAAACGUCCAGUACAGAUAACAACGAACCGAAUGUGCGUCGCAUUUGCCAAAUGUUUGAAUCGCACGCAUCAGAAACAAUAAUGUUGAAUCGAGAACGUCUAAACAAUGAGCAUAGGAAAAGUACAGGGGAUUUGCGAAAACGAUUCAGUAUAACUCCAUUUCAUGAAGUUGGUAACGCUAUCGAAGCAAAGGAUGAGUCCGAACCACAAAUUGAAUGUCGGUUGACAAUUGGAACAUCAUCACGUGAUGAUAGAUUGCUCACAAAAGAAGACAGUUCGGAAAAUAAAAGCAAACUUUCAACCAGAGAAAGAUUCACAGGAGCCUUUCGUCAAAGUCAAAAUAUGAAACAACAAGAAGGCUGGCAACGUGCCAAUCGAGACCAAGAAGUCGUACAUUCGAGUGAUUUCGAGCCAUAUGAAGCCGGACCACGUGAAGUCCCUGGUCGGAAAUACGACACAUUUAAGGAGGAUCUUCAGGCAAAUAAAAGCUCAUUUGAUCGAGCUUUUAAUGCAAUUGCACACUGGUUCAAUCGUCGACUUAAACAAUUAUCAAAAUUAUUUUAACAUGCAUCCACAAAGGUUGUUACAAUGUUGGAUGAUUAUUUAAUAUAGCUGUGUUUAUUCAAAGGUAAUCAGGCCAAGCAAUAUACUUCUUUUUUUAUUGUCACUUCAUAUACAAUUGACUGCUUGAUAAAUUUAAAAUAUGUAUACAUACCCACUAAGUAUAGUCAAAAUAUGUAUUAUAGUGACCAACACAUUGAUUGUAUAACGCAUAUUUCUUUCUUGAAAAUGUUUCAGUCAAUCAAGCGUAACGCAUUAUGUUUUCAAACGCAAUAUGAAAUUGAAGCUCGCAAACACAACGAACAAAGUGGUUUGCAUCUUACUAUAAGCCCUAAAUAUAAUGGACUUUGUUUGAAAUAAUAUCUCGAACAAUGAGGUUUGUAGGUCGACUAAUUUGCGUUUUAUAAUUUUUAUUAAAUAUACCUCAAUGUAAAAAAUAAUCAAAUCAAAACUGGGGUACAAAUACAAAUUCUAAGGACCGGCUAAAAACAGAAUCGGUCGGGUUAAUAUUUAUUUUAGUGGGAGUAUGUUAUGAGGAAUGUAAACAGACCAACGUAAUAUGUCACUUGAACACUGUGCCGUUACGUGACGCGUCCAAUCUCAAUGGGUUUAAUUUUUAUCUAUAUUUCAAACGUUGUCGUUUAGUAAAAAAUAUUGCUAUGCAACAUACAUCAAUGAUUAUCAAAGACAUCAUGCUAUUGACAUGUGAUAUAGUUUGAUUGGUUGCAAUACGCCCCAAAAUGUGAAAUGAAAUCAAAAUAAUCAGUGUAAUCAAUCAUACCUAUUUAAAGAAGCGAGCAUCAAGUAAGUUAACAGCAAUACUACAUUCCCCUAUGCCUUUUAAGCUAUAAUCAUCAGUUUCAUCUUCUGCUGUUAACAAGACAUGUUUGUAAAACAUGCACAUACCCUCUCCAACUAAUAUAUGUAAAGUAUUUACAUGUUCAACUUUUUAAAAUCAGUAAGAAGAAAAAGUCAAUAUUUUGGAAACUAAACCGACUGAACCAGUGUUUUAUGCAACACAAUGUGCAAGAUGAUUUAAUCAAUUAUCACAAGAGAACGAAACUGACGGGCCAUUAAACCGAAAAGAUACAAAACAAUACCCUUAAUGUCAUUUUUCAUAUAGCUAGACUUUUAGAGAGUUUUUUAUUGAUAAAAAUAUAAACCCAUUCAGAAGUAUUUUAUACAUAUUUUUCUAUUCACUAAUACAACAGAACAUCAUGUGGUAGGUACAUAUUUAAAAUGCCUCCAUACAUAAUACUAGAUUUCAAACGAAUGACGAACACUUUAAGAUCCAUUUUCAUUAAUAUUAAGUAUGGCAUUAGCUUUGCGAAUCGUAUAGAUUAUUCUUCCAAAUUAUAUGCGAUUAGAUGUUGAAAAAUAUAGUUGUUUAUAUAAGUCAAAAUGUAACUAAUACGUUUUUAAGUGGUUGCUGUAAGAUAUUUAAAAAAAUAAGAUAACGGUAUACCGGGUUUGGAGCAGAUAAACCAUUUUCAAUGCUUAACAUCUUCCUACUCUAGAGACUUUGUCACCGAAGUACUUUUAUCAUUUUGUGUUUUUUCAUUGUUGUACGCGCAGACACAACAUUUCAAAGCGUUUCUUCUUACGGUUUACAAAACUGUUAUUGCAAUAUUUGUGAUCCGACCAAAAGUAUUGGUAAAAUAUAUGAUGGAACUUGCUACUUUAUCAGUAUAGAGCAACAGUUCAAAGUUGGGAACAACUUUUCAACGCAAGUUAAUGUUAGUAAAACUGUAAACAGCACCGACUAUAAUGCAUACGAUGUGGUCAUUUUUGGGCAUAAAAACAUUCAUCUGAAAACGGUUUUCACUCAAGUAAGCAACGACUUUAUUUUGAACAACAUCGAGCGUUCUAUCAAAAUAGCGCUGUUCUACAACAAAGAUAGGCCUGCUCAAUGCGUUCAUUUGUUCAAACGAAAAUAUUUGGGCAUGUCAUGCGAAACGGCUAACAUAGCGCUGUUAAAAGCGGAUCGAGGAGAGUUUGUGACGGUGUCACCUUUCAAGCCGCGUGCGUACAAGACGUGUUCAUUUGACGUAAACGCGGCAGCGUCGAUCACAUCACCUAAAACUUGUUUCGUGGUGAAUGAAGAUGGCCAGUGCUUACCAGCAGGGCUGCAAACAGUAGAAGAGUUUCAAAGCGCAUUUGACUAUCUAAUUAGCAGAACGCACGACCCGACGGUGAAUGCGAUAUCUCAAAAUUUGAUGUUUAAAAUUGACAGUCUGAACAAAACGCUCGAAUUAAACGAUUACGUGAUAGUUUAUUCGCGAGUGUCAUUUGAUGGGAACAAUACGUGGCUGUAUAUCGACGUGAAUGAAAAAUCUAUUUCGUUUGAAAAUUGUACAACAAAACGAACUCUGUGUAAGAUUAGAAUUGCUGGUAUGGGACUGGAUUCACCGAGUGACGAUGAUUAAAAAAUAAACAGCUUUUGGGUCUCAUUUAUUGCACUAACAUUUGUGGUUGUUUCUUUGGUUAUGGUUAUAGUUAUUGUGUAUGUGUUGCAAGGAUUUCGAUCUGGACAUGUACAAACUACUACUACAGUUCAAAUAACAAGCGUAUAAUUCUUGUAUAAAACCAUUCUCGCAAAGUCAGUAGUUGUCAUAAAGUAAAAAAUGUUGAGCUGUGAGUUUGUAGUUGCGAUGGUAGCAAAUUAUUUGGAAUGCAAGCAGUUUGAGGACUCAAAUGACACUAUUUGUGACAUUGUCGAAUGUGUGAUUUUGCUUUUUUUAUAUUGUAAAUAGCACUGUUACGAUGCAUGUUCUUACAAAGGAUGAAUCGACCAUAGCUUGUAUUGAUGAAGACUAUUUCGCCGAAUUGCUUGAACAAAAGCUGAACAGUGGUUUGAGCUGGGAUGUGUUUGUGACUGCAUUUGUUUUGUUUGCGGCCGUCGUACGUGAAAUAUCGAAUUACAACGCUGAAGGCUUCUACCACCUGAAUAAACUACAGAACGUGUUCCGUAAAUAUAGACUUACUGACUGGGUUGCAAAUCAACCUGGUAAA